UCCAUCGAAAAAUAUGCAAGUGCGUGUUGUAUGCAUUUGGGAGGAACGCCCAACCGUCAGGUGGGAACAAGAAAAACGAAACGGACACCUCGGUGAUAAGCGUCGUCGGCUGGAGAAUGCCAGCUCGCCAGUCCGAAACCCAAGCGCAGACUGUAAGGACGCCUGUUUGAGCACCAACACAUCGUCCAGUCAUGACUGCGACGAAAUCAUCAUUCUGUGCCCUGCUUGUCCUCCUGGCAUCAAGCGGUGUGUUCUGCUCGCCCUUGAAGGAUUUCUUUGAGAGUAUACGCAAGGAUCCGCUGACCACGUACCAGUGCUACCGCAACGGCAGCAGCCUGGAGGACCCGUCGGCCGUCAAGCUGAGCGUCUCGUGGAGCGGUCGGGGCCUUUCCGACCCCAACAAGGUCGACUGCAUCGUCUCCUUCAGCUUGCCCGGCAGCGAAGGGAAGACGACGUUUCACGCAUCUGCGGAGUACGUGCCACAAAAAGACUACGCCAUACUAGCCGCAGGUGGAAAGAAUGUGAAUCUUUACCUUCUAGAGGCGCCGCACAAUGGAAAGGCCUAUUUUUUCAAGCAUGUCGACACCUUGACCGGAGACGAAAGCUUCAAGAUCUACGAUACCAGCGCGACCUGCGAGAACGCACAUGCCUUGCGGAAAAUCGUCUGCACCGAUUCGUGCAGUCUGCAAAAUACUGCGCAAUAAAGCUUUUUUAUGCACUGAC